AUGGACAUCCACCGAUGUCGCUUCGUGCCAUACAGUCCCCAAGCGAUUAAUUCACUCGCAUUUUCGCAUCCGCCCUCAACGGAGCUCCAGGGCCGCGGAGAGCCUACCCUUCGCCUUGCUAUAGGACGUGCAAAUGGGGACAUCGAGGUUUGGAAUCCAUUGAAGGGCGUUUGGUUUCAGGAAACAAUCUUGCGCGGCGGCAAGGACCGGAGCAUCGAAGGCUUAGCAUGGACCCUCGACCCGAGCGAGAAGAGUCCCGACAACAAAGAACUUCCAGGGAAGCUCCGAUUGUUCAGUAUCGGAUAUUCCAGCGUUGUGACAGAGUGGGAUCUUGAACAUGGCCGCCCAGCGAGGCAUUCGAGUGGGAACUAUGGCGAGAUUUGGUGUUUGGCUGCGCAGCCAAGGUGGAAGGCUUCGAAAAGCAAGGAUGGAAAGCCGUUGCCUCCUGCAGAAGGAGAGUUCGUCGGGCAACACCUUGCAGUAGGCUGUGCAGAUGGAGCCAUUGUUAUAUUGUCCACAGCAGAAGGUGACUUAAAAUACGUGCGAGCAAUGAGGCCAUCUACGAAGCGAUCAAGAGUUUUAAACAUAACUUUCCAAAACCGCAAUACCAUCGUUGCUGGCUACGCUGAUAGCUCUAUUCGAAUAUUCGAUAUUCGUAACGGAAAGAUUCUACGCACCGCAACUCUUGGAAAGGGUCCCAACAAAGCUGCAAAGGAGCUUCUCGUCUGGUGCGUGAAAUGCCUGCCAGAUGGAACGAUUGUAUCUGGUGAUUCAGCUGGAGAAAUACGAUUCUGGGACGCAAAGAAUUACUCCCUUAUUCAACGGAUACAAAGUCAUCGAGCAGACGUACUUGAUAUUGCCGUCAGUGCAGAUGGAGGGACAGUAGUUACUGCUGGUGCGGAUCAGCGCACUGCGGUCUACAAGCUUAAGGCCCCUGAGAAAGGCGCAAAAACGGGACGCUGGGUUGAAGUUAUGCACCGCCGUUAUCAUACACAUGAUGUCAAAGCCCUCGCCGUAUACGAGACUAAAGACAUUAGUGUGGUCGUCUCUGGAGGCCUCGAUACAACACCUGUCGUAGUUCCUUUACGGACGCAUGGCAAAGAGCUUCAUCGGAAGCUUCCAAAUCUCCCUCAAUUCCCACAGUUAUCAUCAUCUCCGUCGUCACGCCUGUUAAUGAGUUGGUGGGAUCGUGAAGUAAAUAUAUGGCGCGUUUCCAGUUCGCCAACAUCUCAAUCUGGACCACCUGAGCCACAGCAACACAGGCUUGUGGCCAAGGUACUAUUUCAGGGCGAUGAGAAUCUAACAUCAGCCGUAUUAUCACCUAAUGGGAGGAUCCUUGUGGCAUCUUCCAUAUCAGAAGUUAAAGUCUUUGCUCUGUCCGCUAAGGAUGAGGGAAUCAACUCCUCAUUACAAGUUAAUAAAGUUAAAAUUUCGUCCGAGAUUUCAAAUUUUGGGGCUAAGGAAAUAUCCAUUUCGCCCGAUUGCAAAUGGCUCUGCCUAGUACGACCAGAUAAUAUUGUUUGUAUUGCUAAAAUCGACAAGGACGACGAGUUCCCUGACCGUUGCCGCAUAAACCCCCAAAUCCAAAAAUUACGCCGUAUAUCACGAUCUUUUCCCCGUGGAAAAUUACAUCAUGGAACUCUUGGUGAAUAUGAGCGGACAAUUCGCUGUGUCACCUUUUCUGGUGACAGUAAAAUUCUUGCCUGCGGUGAUCUCUCUGGCUCCAUAGAUGUAUGGAUAUUGGAUACCGAACGUCGCGCGAAGGAGCGAACUGUUAAGGACACAUUUUGUUCUGAAUCCGAAGAUUACUCCUCUAGCGAAGAGGGCGAUCAACCUAACGACUAUGGUCAAUACUGGGUACGUUCUCAAUUAGACUCGCCGAUACCUCGAUUGAAGUCUGCGAUUCUACUUAUGGCAUUCCGCCCCCAGUCUCUCUUGGCCCAUCAGCGCCUCACAAACGGAACCCUCUCCAAGAACCCUGCUCCACACCACUCUUCGUCAAUCGAAGAUAGAUUGCUUGUCUUAACAUCAGAGCAUCAUAUCUCCGAAUUCAACGUUCUGCAGGGCAAACUUACGCAGUGGUCGAGAAGGAAUCCUAAAUCAUACCUCCCUGCAAGAUUUAGCAUAAUCCAAGACAGGGCUCAGGGAAUACUGUGGGAUACAAAUGGUGAGAAAGAACGCCUCUGGCUUUAUGGAUCAAGCUGGCUGUGGAUGUUUGAUUUGGCACAAGAUUUUCCAACCCCUCCCGGCCUUGAAAAUGAAGAGAAAGGUGCCAUCGCUUCAACCACAGAUCCUACCAAAGAAGAGCCUCCGUCUCCAACCAAAAAAAGGAAGAGAAACGGGGAAGGCAAAAAAUUGGAACCUAACGUGGGUGCUGGAAGCAGGAUGCCUCUUUGGGAAAAUAAUAUUGGCCUAGGACGCAAAAUACGCAAAGUCAGUGGAAACGAUGGAUCAACGGCGCAAUGGGUCUCUCUUGAUAAAAGACAGACAGAAUAUCAAGAUCAACAAGACGACCAAUAUGAAAACGACCCCUCGAAUGCCACACUAGCAAGAUUCCGACGGGAAGGAUCUGUCUCCGCAGGCCAAGAUCAUCACGACAAUGCAUCCGAGUCUGCCAGCGAUGAAGGGGAACAUACACACGGACCAUCGGCCGUCGGCGCCAAUUCCGGUACCAGCCAUUCGUCUCAGGUUGCCGUUGCAGUUGUUAUUCAACCCCAAGGUAGUUCCGCUGCUGGUAAUACCGCCCGAACCGAUUCCGACAGCUGCGUAGCUGAACAGCAAGUACUAGAUAUUCCUUCCCAGCCCCAGGCACAAUGCCGCCAGAAAGGCCGCCGAUGGUGGUACACAUUCAAGUAUCGGGACAUCCUUGGAAUCGCACUGCUGGACCAGGGGACAUCGGGGAACCAUGGCGGUGGGCUGGAAGUUGCAGUGGUAGAGAGACCCAUUUGGGAUGUGGCUUUGCCCGACCGAUAUAUCAGGGACUAUGAAUGA